AUGUCCCAGUUCGGCUUCUAUCCAGACCCAACACGCCCUUCUCCGGCCAAUUGGCCUCGAUACGGGGACUUCUUCGUGUUCACGGUCGACCCCGUAGCUUCGGUCGCGCACUUGGAUAGACGCGCGGUGCGGGCCGCCAGGAGCUUACCGCGGCAGCAGUUCGUAGCCUUGGCAGUAUCGCUCGAAUGCCACGUACCGUUCGAAGGAGUACCUUUCAGCUCGUUCGAGAUCUGCCUGGUCCGUCAAGGCCUGCCCAGAACCCCUCCACCAUUCGACUUCCAGGACAUGUGCUGCCCCAUCUUCCCGAACACCGAUCAUCCCUCUGGCCGCCGCGCGUUGCGACCGAUGGUCCCCUUCCCGCUCAGCGACUGCUAUAUCGACUUGACGGAGCCGUUUCUGGGCAUAACAUAUUGCCGAGUCCCUGAUGCUGCGCGAGAAUAUAAAGACGUGGUGCAAGUCCCCGUGAGGGAGGUCGAGGGCCUGAUGGACUUCUUCUCCGAUGACGUUGGUCGUGCGGAUGAGAUCGACGAACGGCUGCGCGAGGGGGAUCUGGAGGUCGUGGCGAGGGUCCCGCUUCCAUCAUCGCCGCAAGGAUCUGUGCGUGGUGUAGCUGCCGCUUCGACCCCUUCUAUCUCCAGUGGCGUACGGCGGUGCAAUCGGGACGCGCCUGGAUCGGCGGAUUCCGCUGCUGACAAGAUCUCCCUGAGCUCGGACGGCGAAGACGUGUCUAUGAUCGCAAGCGAUGACAGCACAUCGGACGAGGAGGAAGAAGAGUACUACCUCGAAGUGCCUGAUCCCACUCUGCACGAACGUGUGCGCGCCCAGAACGGUUGGGAGUAUCAUGGCAACAUGCGACGCCACCCUGUUGUCCACGUCUCGUACGACCUUAGCCAGCUGACGGAGAUCACCGAUCCGUUACUGUUCAUCGAUGUUCGGGAUAAGAUUUGCGAAAUAAUUAUCGAAGCUGAGAUCCGCUUGGGUCUUCUUCCAGAUCCCAAGCUCGGCUCUGCGCGGUACUCUAUCGCAUCGGCGUCGAGGGCUGAUCUCCCGGUGUACAAGGAGGCUACCGACUCAGAAGACUCAGAAGACUCGGACUCGUCUUCUUGUUCUUCACUGGGACAAGCAGCGGUAGUGAAGCCACAGCCCCCAGCGUCGCGAUGGACCCUGCUGCGAAAGACGUGCCGCAAGGUCUGGCGCCGGGUGCGCGCCUUCGUGGUGUGCAGGAAAGAAAUAGAUGUCUGA